AUGGCUGAUCACUGUCUACCGCGAUUACGCGUGUUCUUAGAGGCGUCAUUACUGGCGUUGCUCGUCGUCACAGCCUGCGCGCUGCGUCGCCAGGUUACUAUGAAGGAGGAUACCCCACCGAAAUGCGACACUAAUGCUCUUUACGAUCACGUGAGACCUACGUUCCGACGCAGCGUGGCUGCGACAGUACUGGGGCUCGAGACGUGGGGCGUGCUGGGAUUCGUGCUGAGCGUACACUUCGACUGCUCCGCAUCCCAGUGGCUGGUAGUGCUGUGUAUGGCACUGUCGGGAGGGUGCCUACUAGUAGGAACAUGGCUCGGCGUGCGGGAGACGCUGCUCACAAUCGAUUUCGACCGCUGCUACUGCCUCCACUCGCCUUGCUGGUGA